GAGCACCUCGCUUUAUGCAAGUGAUCUCACGGUUUCUUCCCCCCUCCCCCUUAAAAAUAAAAGCUGCAGAUUCUCGUCGACACUGGCAGCAGCAACUUCGCCGUGGCCGGAGCCCCGCAUUCUUACACAGACUCGUACUUCGACACAAAGAGGUCCAGCACAUACCGGCCGAAGGGCUUCGACGUCACCGUCAAGUACACGCAGGGGAGCUGGGCCGGCCUGGUGGGGGAGGACGUCGUCACCAUCCCAAAAGGCUUCAAUGGUUCUUUCGUGGUCAACGUCGCCACGAUCUUCGAGUCGGAGAAUUUCUUCCUGCCUGGGAUUAAAUGGAACGGGAUUCUAGGACUUGCUUAUGCUGCCCUGGCUAAGCCAUCGAGUUCUCUGGAGACGUUCUUCGAUUCCCUCGUGGCACAAGCGAAAAUCCCAACAUCUUCCUCCAUGCAGACGUGCGGGGCGGGCUUGCCAGUGGCUGGAUCUGGCACCAAUGGAGGCAGCCUGGUCCUAGGUGGCAUUGAACCAAGUUUGUACAGAGGAGACAUCUGGUAUACCCCGAUUAAGGAGGAGUGGUAUUAUCAGAUAGAAAUCCUCAAGCUGGAGAUCGGAGGCCAGAGUCUUAACCUGGACUGCAGAGAGUACAAUGCGGACAAGGCCAUCGUGGACAGUGGCACAACGCUGCUGCGUCUGCCCCAGAAGGUGUUCGAUGCGGUGGUCGAAGCCGUGGUCCGCACGUCUCUGAUUCCAGAAUUCUCUGACGGCUUCUGGACUGGGUCCCAGCUGGCGUGCUGGACGAAUUCCGAAGCGCCUUGGUCUUACUUCCCUAAAAUCUCCAUCUACCUGAGAGACGAGAACUCCAGCAGGUCCUUCCGCAUAACUCUCCUGCCUCAGCUUUACAUUCAGCCCAUGAUGGGGGCUGGCCUGAAUUACGAGUGCUACCGAUUCGGCAUUUCGCCUUCCAUGAACGCGCUGGUGCUCGGUGCCACCGUGAUGGAGGGCUUCUACGUGGUCUUUGACAGAGCCCGGAAGAGGGUGGGCUUUGCAGCCAGCCCCUGUGCAGAAAUCGCAGGUGCUCCGGUGUCUGAAAUCUCUGGGCCUUUCUCAACAGACGACAUAGCCAGCAACUGUGUCCCCGCCCUGCCUUUGAACGAGCCCGUGCUGUGGGUCGUCUCCUACACGCUCAUGAGCGUGUGCGGGGUCAUCCUCCUCAUCUUAAUCAUCCUGCUUCUCCUCCCGUCCCGCUGUCGGCACCUCCCACGAGACCCCGAGGUCGUCAGCGACGAGUCCUCUCUCGUCCGGCACCGCUGGAAGUGACGAGUGAGGCCGGAACCCGAACCACCUCGAACUCACCUCCUAGGAGGAUUCAAUUUUGAGGGCGGCAGGCAGGAGUUUACAAGGCAGGGUUCCUUCCUGUGUCCAUUAGUCUUGAGUCCCUGUCUGUCCUGCUCCCAGACGCCUUCCAGAGUCGCUGUAUUUUGAUUCUUGGUUUUAAAGCUUCCUUCUUCUUCUCUACUUCCAAGAAAAUGAUAAUAAAAAACACCUCAUUCUAAACCAAAACAGAGUGAAUCGGGCUUCAGGCUUUAUGUGACUGGUAUACCACACCGUCUACCUGGGCCACCAAAUAAAAAAGCAGGCCGCGGCUCCUUUUCCUCCCUCCCGUCUCUGGAGAAGUGAGCCCACACAGCUUAUAACUCCUCUUAGCUAAUGGGAAGCUUUGUGUAUUAGUCGCUUUUAAGGGUAUUUUGCACCCGGCUUCAAGCAGGGGCCCGGCGGUCCAGGAAGGCUCGAAGUUUGAUGGCGGGAGUGGCGGCCUGGGGCCCGAGGACAGAAGCAUCCUGCUUCCUCCUGAGUCAGAAACAGCUGCAGGGCCCUGUUCUGGGUCUGUCUGUGCCUUGCACGGGAGCAAAGUCCACUCAGAGGACAUCGUCCCCGACGGUUCUCAUGGGCCUCAUCUGAAGACGGGAGGCCUCGUGCCCGUCGUGGUGGAGCGAGGAGCCCACGCUGUGGACGCUAUGCUUCCGCCAUAGUGUUGCCAUCAGAGCAGAAAGCCACCUCUGCUGAGACUCCGGCCCGGGCCCCGAGCCUGGGCGGGGGUGCAGGCGGCCUGGCCCCAGCCUUUGCCAUCACCUAAAAACAUCCUCAUCCCGACAGGCCAGCCGGAACAGGUCCGAAUCACACACCGGGAAGUUCUGUCACCGAGCUGGUCAUCAUCUCACAUGCGCACGCUUACUUAAUAUCGAGAAACAGCAUUAUAGUAAGAACAACCGGUUCCAUUUCGCUAGCUUAGUUGUAUCUUUUUCCAGGUCUUCUCGGGAGGUAGGUGGAUCGUUACCCUUUGGGGAAACUGGGGAGCGGCUGAACACCGUGCUUCCGACCCGAAAGGAAGGAAGACGCGAGGCGUGCGGAGGGCUUGGUGGGGACUUCCGGUCGCCCCCACGCUCUGAAACCGCGUUUCCACUUGCACAAGCCCCUGGAGUCGAGCACGUGCGUCUGAAUCAGCUGAAAUAAGUGUGCGGAGCCAGGGACCCCACGCGUCCUCCCUUUGGCGUGUUCAGCCUUCUGAUGGGUACCGCUACCCCUGUGUGGGGGACUCCCCUCUUGCUGUCCUUUGUGGCCUUUGCCAGAGAAAAGCAGAAACCUUUAAGUCAACGCAAUCGGCCUUAUAUGAUCUGAUGUAAUUAGGAGAAGGGUUCAAAGCCAGCGCCCCUUCUCUCUUGCUCAUGUGCCAAGUUCAAUGUUCACUUGCAUGGUUACGGCAGCGAGCAGCUGGAUGUGUAAUAAAAUUCCACUGGAAGGGCUAACUGUGGACUGUCUCCGCCAGCUGAAGUAUUAUUUGUGUCCAAAAUAGGCUACAUGUGGAUGUCGCAGUCAUCUGCUCUGCUCAGGGCAUCCCGGGGUCCCCUCCACAUUGAAAAAUAGAUGAGCGUGCCCAAGAGAUGGGAGGUCACUUACACACAUCGCGGUGUCCCAAAAGAUUCUCCAGCUCUCGCAGAUACCUGCAGAGAGGCACAUCCAUCUUCUGUGUUCUUCAAAAUACGGUUUGAGCAUGGUGGGGACAAGAGCCUCUGGGGACGGGAUGGGAGGACUAAACUCUGUUAUCGGAUGCGUGUCGUUAUGUCUGGUCUCAGCUUGUUGAGAGGCCAGAAUUUGAAAUGCAUUUCAGAAUUAGAAAUCUCUGGAAGUCUCGUUCUCUUCUGGUCCUAUCGGCUUUUUCACUGGGCCCUGUUUUGUGAGCCACUCGGCAUAGCGAUGAAGGUGACGCCCUGAGACUAAGCCUUCUCCCUGCUGUGAAAAAUCCGAACCCCUGAAAUGAAAAGAGGGAACCGCGGGUAGGACCUGGCUAGUUUGGCACGUGUUUCUUUGCACAGGCUUCUUCUCUUCCAUUUUCCCUUGACGGGUUUCUGAGCUGGGAACAUUUGUAUCGCAGCCAUUAGCAGGCACUCUUCCCAGAAGACAUGAUAAUAGCAAGUUAGAUUUCAAGCUAGGGUGUUUGAAUGAGGUUUGCUCUGAUUCUCUGUAUUUCAUAUCAAAUUUCUCUAGCUUUUCAUCUCUGAUGUCAUUGGAUGUGACAUUUUAAUGGAAAUACUUAAAUGACAAAAGCAUGAUUGAGCAACGAGAUUGAAAUAGACAAUUGAAUGUGGGACAUUUUCCUGGCAUGCCUCGCUGCUGAAAAUUGGACUUUGAGUCAAAACUCUGGGAGUGACAGCCACCUCCCCGAGUUAUGUAAAUUGAGACUUAGCUAGGAAACCUUCCAGGAGGCUGGCUCUGAACGGGAAAGGAAGUAGCAACCAUUGGAGGCUGCCAUUUUUUACCUGGUAACAGCACAUGGUGGAAAACGUUGGAAGAUGGUUCUUUCCUGAAAAAUGCAACUUAGCAUUAGGUUUUCGUCAAACCCUGGUCAACUCUCUGAGGGAAACGAAUGCUUCUAUAGGAAUAGUAUGUAUUUUUAAAUAGGGUAAUGCUUCCUAUUCCUGAUGGGCUAUUAGAAGCCUGAACUGAAGUCCCGUCUUCAGCAACUGAAACUGUUUAUGAAAAAAUAGCAGGAAACGAGUUGGGGACUGAGUAUUUUUUCCCCCUCUGGAAUUUAAAAGCACCACGAAGGGACCGGCAUUUACCAAACCCUACUUCGUAUUUCUUCUGAACCUAAAACAGGUACCUGGCCUUAAAGCAACAGAUUCCUCGCAUGUGACAGCAGAGACGAUUUUCCAAAAAUCAGUUCGCUCUCGGGCAUUUGGAAGGAUUUUCACCUGAUUCAUCAUGAAACGCGGAGGUUUUGG